CCGACCAUCAUUUCCCAACAACACAUUGGGGCAAAUUGUGUAAAUAAUUGAAGAAUUGAGGUGGCAAAUGAUAACCCUGGAGAACUUGUGUUGUGCGCCAGCGAAGCCAUGUUAUCUUAUCUUGUGCAAUUGGAGCAAGGGAAAUUAACUCCGGUCUGCGUCUGAGAAAAUCAAAGCUUCUUUCUUGUUGCUCUGCUCACUGUGGGUGGGGGUCUAAAUUCUAGAGAGAGAGAGAGAGGGAUUAGAUUUGGGGGAGGAUGGAGGGGAAAGAGGAAGACGUGAAGGUGGGGGCAAACAAGUACUCGGAGAGGAUGCCGCUGGGGACGUCGGCGCAGGGGAAGGACUACAGGGAGUCGCCGCCGGCGCCGCUGUUCGAGCCGGGGGAGCUGCACUCGUGGUCGUUCUGGAGGGCGGGGAUCGCGGAGUUCAUGGCCACCUUCUUGUUCCUGUACAUCACGGUGCUGACGGUGAUGGGUUACUCCAGAUCCGCCAGCAAGUGCGCCACCGUCGGCGUCCAGGGCAUCGCUUGGGCCUUCGGCGGCAUGAUCUUCGCCCUCGUCUACUGCACCGCCGGCAUCUCAGGUGGACACAUCAACCCUGCGGUGACAUUUGGGCUGUUUCUGGCGAGGAAAUUGUCGCUGACAAGGGCGGUUUUCUAUAUUGUGAUGCAAUGCCUGGGAGCCAUAUGCGGUGCCGGGGUGGUGAAGGGCUUCCAGCCGUCACUGUAUGGGGCUAAUGGUGGAGGAGCGAAUGUGGUGGCGCACGGUUACUCCAAGGGGGAUGGCCUCGGGGCUGAAAUUGUUGGCACUUUUAUCCUUGUCUACACCGUCUUCUCUGCCACCGAUGCCAAGAGAAAUGCCCGAGACUCCCAUGUCCCUAUAUUGGCUCCACUCCCAAUAGGGUUUGCAGUCUUCUUAGUUCACUUGGCCACCAUCCCCAUCACGGGUACGGGUAUCAACCCAGCUCGCAGCCUGGGCGCGGCCAUCAUCUACAACAAAGGUCACGCUUGGGAUGACCAUUGGAUCUUCUGGGUUGGACCGUUCAUUGGUGCUGCACUUGCUGCACUGUACCAUCAAGUUGUCAUCAGAGCCAUCCCAUUCAAGAGUGGAAGCAACUUAUGAAGAUGAAGAUGAAGAUGAAGAAGCUUAUGAAGAAGAUGAUUCGACCACCUAAUUUGUUUUAUGUAUUGUUUGUGUUGCAACUAUGGAUGUGUUCCUCCUUUUAUAAAACCAGUAUCUGUAUUGUGUGUGUGUGUGUGACUGUACUGAUGAUCAAAUCUCUACUAGUAUGUUGUAACUAUUAUUGCUUUUGGAGUCCACUGUUUUGGUUUUUGUUGAUAAAGCUUCUUAGCUUAGCAUGUUGAAGAUUCUUAUGGGUGUUGUAGUUUCUUCAUUUAUGGAUCAUUAUUACCCGGAGUAUUAUUUUCUCCAUCUAUUUAUCCAGUUUGAUUUUUUUGAAUCAGACAAGAUAAACUUGAAACUUUAAU